CAGGCCUUAUCCCCUGCACCUGGGACAGAAGGGAGGCCACACACUGACACAUUACAGCAGGAUCUGAAGCCUUAAUGAUGAAGCCAGCAGCAUCCUUCCCCCUCCUCCUCCUACUUGGUCUCUGCCAUGUGUCUGCCAUCUCAGGGAUUAGGAAGUGCGAUCGGAACGAAUUCCAGUGCGGAGAUGGGAAGUGCAUCCCAUACAAGUGGAUUUGUGACGGCAGUGCUGAGUGCAAGGACAGUUCCGAUGAAUCCCCGGAAACUUGCCGGGAGGUAACAUGCGGCACUGACCAGUUCAGCUGUGGCGGAAGACUAAAUCGUUGUAUUCCCAUGUCCUGGAAAUGUGAUGGCCAGACAGACUGUGAAAAUGGUUCUGAUGAGAAUGACUGUACCCACAAGGUCUGUGCUGACGACCAGUUUACAUGCCGAAGUGGAAAAUGCAUCUCCCUUGACUUUGUUUGUGAUGAAGACUUGGACUGUGAUGACGGUAGCGAUGAGAGUUACUGCCCAGCCCCCACCUGCAACCCAGCCAUGUUUCAGUGUAAAGAUAAAGGCAUCUGCAUCCCCAAAUUGUGGGCCUGUGACGGAGACCCGGACUGCGAAGAUGGUUCAGAUGAGGAGCAUUGUGAGGGGCGGGAACCCAUCAAGACUGACAAGCCCUGCUCUCCCCUUGAGUUCCACUGUGGGAGUGGGGAAUGCAUACACAUGUCCUGGAAAUGUGAUGGGGGAUUCGACUGCAAAGAUAAAUCAGAUGAAAAGGACUGUGUAAAACCCACCUGCCGUCUAGAUCAGUUCCAGUGUAACGACGGGACGUGUAUUCAUGGCAGCCGCCAGUGUGACCGAGAAUACGACUGCAAAGAUCUUAGCGACGAGGAGGGGUGUGUUAAUGUGACAAAAUGCGAAGGCCCUGACGUCUUCAAAUGCCGCUCUGGGGAGUGCAUCACAAUGGAUAAAGUCUGCAACAAGAAAAGAGAUUGCAGGGACUGGUCAGACGAACCCCUUAAAGAGUGUGGUGAAAACGAGUGUCUGCGAAACAAUGGCGGCUGCUCCCACAUCUGCAAUGACCUUAAAAUAGGAUAUGAGUGUUUGUGCAACGAAGGAUAUAGACUCGUAGACCAGAAACGCUGUGAAGAUAUUAAUGAAUGUGAGAAUCCGAAUACCUGCAGUCAGAUUUGCAUCAAUCUUGUUGGAGGCUACAAGUGCGAAUGCCGAGAAGGUUAUCAGAUGGAUCCAGUGACUGCAUCCUGUAAAUCCAUUGGAACCGUGGCUUACUUGUUCUUCACAAACCGGCAUGAGGUGAGGAAGAUGACGCUGGAUCGGAGUGAAUACACAAGUGUUAUCCCUCGUCUUAAAAACGUGGUGGCUUUGGAUAUGGAGAUAGCCAGCAACAAAAUCUACUGGUCUGACCUGACUCAGAGGAAAAUAUACAGUGCAUCAAUGGAAAAGGCAGACAACACGUCCCAUCAUGAAACUGUGAUCAGCAACCAAAUCCAGGCUCCUGAUGGGAUUGCAGUGGACUGGAUUCAUGGGAACAUAUAUUGGACAGACUCUAAGUUCAGCACCAUUUCCGUGGCCAACACAGAGGGAUCCAAAAGGAGAACUCUUUUCAGUGAUGAUCUGGAAAAGCCCAGGGACAUUGUGGUGGAUCCAUCUCAAGGGUUCAUGUACUGGACUGACUGGGGCCUCCCAGCCAAGAUUGAGAAAGGAGGCUUGAAUGGAGUUGACAGAUACCCCUUGGUUACAGAAAACAUUGAAUGGCCCAAUGGGAUCACAUUAGACUUGAUCAAUCAGCGGCUGUACUGGGUGGACUCUAAACUUCACUCUCUGUCCUGCAUUGAUGUUACUGGGGAGAACAGAAGAACAGUCAUAUCUGACAAGACCCACCUAGCUCAUCCUUUUGGGCUCACCAUCUUUGAGGAUCUUGUAUUCUGGACAGACAUUGAAAACGAGGCUAUAUUCAGUGCAAACCGACUGACUGGCAGAAAUAUUAUGAAAGUAGCAGAAGAUCUCUUGUCUCCAGAGGACAUUGUCUUGUACCACAACCUGAGGCAGCCAAAAGCUGAAAAUUGGUGUGAAGCCCAUCAUCUCGGUAAUGGGGGCUGCGAGUACCUGUGUCUUCCAGCACCACACAUUACUGCACGUUCUCCCAAAUUCACCUGCGCUUGUCCAGAUGGGAUGCACCUGGGGGCAGACAUGAGGAGCUGCGUGAAAGAACCCGUGAUACCAGAGGCUUCUCCCACGACCACCACUUCAGCACCAGUCACAACCACCACUUCAGCACCAGUCACAACCACCACUUCAGCACCAGUCACAACCACUUCAACAACCGCACGUCCCACUUCUAGGAGUACGACACUGGCCAAGAUUACUUCAACUACCUCAACUCUAGCUCCUCAGAGACCAAAAAUGGCCAGCACCACCAUAGCACCUCAAAGGCCUACCACAAACUCCCCUAAAACAACCCUGAGGAUGAUCACAGAAAAAGUGCCUGACCAUACCACACAGCAGCCUAUGACUCAUUCACAACUAGCUGAUAAUAACUUUGCUAAAGCAGGAGUAGUUGAAAACGUCCGAUCCCAUCCCACCGCUCUCUACAUAGUGCUCCCAAUUGUGAUACUUUGCCUUGUUGCCUUUGGGGGAUUCCUCGUCUGGAAGAACUGGAGGUUAAAAAAUACAAACAGCAUAAACUUCGAUAAUCCUGUGUACCAAAAAACAACAGAGGAAGAUCAGGUUCACAUCUGCAGAAGUCAGGAUGGAUACACCUACCCUUCGAGGCAGAUGGUAAGCUUGGAAGAUGACAUCGCCUGAACAACCACUCGUAUGCCUGUUGCCAAAUGUUGCUGCUUACCGUUUUCAGGGACAAUACAAAGAAUGAUGAAACCAAAACA